GACAUUAUUCAGUCAAUAAAAUUUAUUGUGUAAUUAUACUUAAUUGUAAUAUAAUAUAAUGGAUAACGGCAAUAUGAUGGAUGCAGUGAGUGGCGUACAUGAUUUAACAACUGUUUCACUAGUGGAAAGAAAUACCAUGCCGCAAGGCAUAUCAUUAGUUGAUCCAACCGCUGUAAGAAAAUCAAGUAAACAGAAUUUAAUGGCGCUGGUUGCGGAAAUUGAAAAAGCAGAUAUCUGUGUAAAAAAUAACACAUGUAACAAAUUACAAAUAAUCGCAAACCAGAUCAGAUUUCUGCAAAGACAGGCUGAAUGUGUUUUGUUUGAAACAAAACGGAACGUCACAUUCAAUCAUAUACCUUGCAAUUUUGUAAAGCAGCCUGGUCACAUAUAUCAUUUGUAUAAACGAGAAUCAGGACAGUUUUACUUUUCCAUGCUUAGUCCAGAAGAGUGGGGUAAUUUGGCUCCAUUACAGGAUUACAAGGGUUCGUUCAGAUUGGAGCAAGACCACUCAUGGACCGCACUAGAUCAGUUGCAGGACAAGAACGAUGACUCGAACUUGCUUGAACGAUUCUUACCUUCCGAUGCAACCUUUAUAGAAUCGAUCAUGUUGUAAUUAACGAAUUUAUAUUAUAUAAUUAAAAAAUGAAAAAUACAAACUAAAAAAGCAUAUUGCUAGAAAAAAA